UCCACAACUACCUCGCGCUCGAGUCAAACUACCUCGCGAGUUCCGACUUCCAACACUGGCUCUGCUUUAACUCCAAACCUAUCCAGACAAAAUGGGCAAACUACAUUUUUAUGUCCUUUGGUCCCUGUGUGACGUUCCACGCCAAUUUAUUAGUAAAUCUAGAGGACGGUGCUUCCAAGCCCACAUCCCGCUGCCUCUUCCUAAACAGCUGGUCAUCUUCGGUCUUGGAGAAUGGACAUGCAAGGAGACGACGAUCUCAGCCGAGGUUGUGGUCAGCGAUUUACAGGCUCAGAUUAUAGGAACUCUGUCUUCUCAAGUAAAGUGCCUGACCUGGGAAGGUGACUGGAGCAAUGACGUAGUCAGAGUUGGUGCAGAGAGAGGCAGGAGAGGCGUGUAUGGCAAGAUUGUGCUAAGGGUCUGUGGACAGCUCCAAGAAAACAUCAGCGUCCUCAGCAGUAGCCCUUUGGUUGAGAGGAAAUGUUUGUAUUCAGAUCAGCACAGUUUGAAUGAUCCUUCCAGCACAUUACAGCAAAGUGUUGAAAAUGAGACGAUGGUCUCUAGCUCCUCACACCUGGGCGAUGAUGUUUGUGAUGCUGAGAUACAAGUAAAUAAAAUUGACAAAAGUGAUUCCCCUCAUCCUGCAGCUUGGCCUACGGAUAAGACGCCCAGACGUACAGUCAUUAGCAGGAGAGGCCACCUGACGUGGAGCUCUGAAGAUAUGGACAGUCUCACAGAGCACAUAGAUCAAGCUUCAACUCCCAAGAAACAAAGGUUGCACAGUUUGAACAGAAAAGAUGAAAUAAGUGUGCAGAUUAAAAAUGAGAACAGAGUUUCAGUGAGUCCAUCACAGCGUUGGUGCCAUUCUAUGUGUCUGAGCGACCCCAAUACUGCCAUCCUAAUCGGAGGGGAAACGUCAGAACAAAACUACUGCCAUGAUUCCCUGUGGAAGCUGGAGUUAGAUAGUGACUUCUGGUUUCCAGUGAACUCCUCUGCUUCUGGACCCUUGCCUCCAUGUGCCCGAGGACACACUGCAACCUAUGACUCAGACUCAAAGGCAGUCUUUGUGUAUGGUGGCCUGAGGGAGGGUCAGCGCUACAGCGAGCUGUACAUCCUCAGUACUCUGACCUGGAAAUGGAAGCUUGUCACUGCAAAAGGAAAUGUACCAAGUUUGGCAUAUCAUUCUGCAACGUUUUACAAGAAAGAGCUUUUUGUUUUUGGAGGGGUUCAGCCAAGCCAUGCCUUGGGGGAUAAAUCCUGCAGCAAUGCUCUAUACAUAUUCAACCCAGAGUAUGAACUUUGGUACCAGCCCAUUGUGGAUGGGGAUAGGCCUCUGCCUCGCUUUGGGCACUCAGCCACACUUCUCUCUCACAAGUUGGUCAUAUUUGGUGGACGGAAGACUGCUGCCUACCUUAAUGAUCUCCAUGUUUUAGAUCUGGGUUUCAUGGAGUACACAGCUGUGAAGUGUGCAAACAUGCCACCGGUGCCUCGAGGGUUUCAUGCAGCACUCCCGGUUUUGGACAACAGAAUUUUGGUCAGUGGAGGUUGCAGUGCAAUCGGUGUGCUACAGGAUGUACACAUCUUUAACAUUGAUACCAGUAUGUGGAGCUCAGUGGCAUCUCCACCGCUUUGCUCCAAGCCUCGUGCUGGACACAGCAUGAUAAAUCUGGGCAGGGCGUUCCUAACAGAUGCUGAGGACCACAGACAUGGUGAACACACAAAUAUCCAGUGCACCUUGUUGGUGUUUGGUGGGUCAGACUGCUCCGGUUCCUUCUACAAUGACACAGUAAAGUGCACUGUUGUUAUUGCUGUUGACAAGUGAUUAUAUUUAAACUGCUGUGGAUGGCGUGAUUUGAUGUGAUAAAAGUGCAUUUUCCUACGCUUGAUUUGAGUCUCUCAUAAUCAUUCAUACUAUCACCAGACAGGUGGUUUGCUGCCAGCAGUGCUUCCUGGGGUUUUGCACUUUGCAUAACAAAUCUCUAAUCUGCAUGUUUUACACUUUAUGACCUUUACCUGUUCUCUACAUAUCAUAAAUUUGAGUUAAAUCCUAACUGAAUAUUAAAAACUAAAUUUUUAUGUAAAAAUGAUAAUAAAUAUUUUUAACCAAG